UUCCGAGGACAACCCAGUGCGACAACCGACAAGAACAGGUUCGGCCCCGUCAUGUGUGCCACCUGCUCCGUGGAGGAGCUCGCGAAAUCGCACUCCGAGGCGCUCGCGUGGCUGCGUGAGGCGCUCGAGAGGGACUCCCGCCGCAGCGGCUCCUUCCCGGCCUCGGGGCUUCGCGACGCGUGGCUGCUGCGCAUGCUCCGCGCCAGUGAUUGGGACCGGGAAUCUGCGCUGGAGCGGGCGGCAACGAGCCUGCAGUGGCGGUCGGAGCUCGACUAUGACGCCAUCGCCGCGUUUGUGCGGGCGCACCCGCGGCCGGAGGAGUGGCCAAAAGGGGAUGUGAUGAUGCGGUACCUGCCUCGCCACAUCGUUCGGACAAACGCGGGCGUGGUGGUCUGCCAGGUUGAGGAGCACAAGGACUAUGCGAGCGCGGAGGUGCACACGACGCCGGCCGAGCGGCGGGCCUUCAUGAUGCACCACGCCGUCCAGGCGUGCGAGCUGAUCGCCGAGCGAGACGAGGCGAGCGGAAAGAUUGACGCGCACCUCCACUACGUGCUCGACUCGGUCGGCUCCGGAGGCGCGCCCCUCUCCUGGCUGAUGCACAUGAUGCCCGCGUGGAGGGCCCUUACCGAGCUGGGCGGGCUGACGGCGACCGUCGGCGGCCUCUACUUUUGCGGCCCGACCAGCCUGCGCGCGAACCUCUUCCUCGCCGCCCUCAAGGCGGUCUGGAUGCGGCAGGAGAUGGCGCAGCUGGUCGCCUCGCGCUGCCCGCCCGAGGU